AUGCGCAUAGUAAUAGAUUACAUCACCACAUAAUUAUUUUGAUUUAGGUAUACCGUUUAGCGCAGUGCAAUGCAUGGCAUAUACAUACAUCCUUUAAUUACAAGGUAGGUAGGAGAAGCGCAACUAAUAUACGUCAAUAAAAUAUUAGAAUUUAAAAUUAAUUUCCGGUUGCAACUAUUUAAAGGACAUCUAUGAGCAAAUUUUGACGUACCUACACAUUAUUAUCACAACUAUUAAUAAUCGCUGCGUACAUACAUUCGGAAGACACAAAUAUACGGUCUAAAAAUAAUGCAAGCUCCUCGUUACCUUCUCCUUAGUGAGUUUUAAAAUUCCCAAGCGAGUCGGUGAUUUAUUUAACGAUUAUUAAAUGUUAUCUUGCAUGAAACGUCGUGUGUUUAGAUUCGUAUUGACUUUGAAUUGGGACGAAAUAAACCUUCAAUCGCCAAAUUGGGUCAUAGCGUGGUUGCUUAUGAUUAAACUUUAAAAGUAUUCAGUUCUAUCGUUUAGUCGUGUGUUUGUGUGAGUGAUCAACAAUGCAAGGAAAUCAAUUAAAACGUAGCCAUAAAGCGGACUUUUCGUCUUCGGGGAUUACGAUAUCAAGAGAAAGAAGUUUCGUUAAACCCAACCGAGAUCCACAGAAACGCCGAAGUCAAGCGAUAACAGCGGUAAAAGCAAAACCAACGAUGGAAAUUUAUAGACCUCCUAAUGUAAGAACAGAUUUAAUUCAAAAUGCAGCAAAACUUAACGUGCAUGCUAAAGAAUUUACUAUGGCACAUGAAUUGCAGAAUUCAAAAUCCUCACACAAUCUGAUGCACACAUUCGAACCGAUACCCCUUCAAAAUUCUAAAUCGACCGGAAACGUAUUAAGACAAAUGCCGAAUCCUGUGCCAAAUUUAAUUUCCAUUUUACCAGCACCCCUACCGUUUCCAAUUUUGCAUUCGGCUACCACUCACGCCAUACUUAACCAAUUACCUAGAGUCAACUUCCAUAUCACGAACGAUAUGAUACCAACCCAGGUGUAUCACAAUCCUUCAGUCAACUUUGGAGGUUGGAAUCAACCGACCGUGGGGACAUUGAAAAAAUCGAAAAGCCUAGGUGCGGCCGACGCGCAAGAACUAAUUACGAAAUUAAGACACUCGGUGAAGGAAGAUACGGAUAUCGACAUGUUUAAUGACGAAGACAAGAAAAUUAUAGAGUCCGCAAUUGAAGAUCCCAAUCAUUUAUCAUCGCGCACCAUCAUGGAUUUGGUGAAAACGAUAAUGGAAAAGGCAGUCGAGGGUAUCCAGUAUUCCGAAAACAUCGCCAAGUUAUGUAUUUCUAUAAUAGAGAAGGAAAAGAAUCAAACUUUCGUCGAGUCUCUUAUCAAUACCUGUCAGCAAUGGUUCCAAGAACGAGACCGAAACUUGAGAGGCAUUAAAUCGGGGGAUGGAACUCGUUUUACCGCGUUUAUGUGGUUUCUGACUGAGAUGUGCGGUCAAUUCAAACGACACAAGCAUCAAUUUCAGUACCAGAACAUUCAACCGGACGUGACUCUUCUGGCAAUACUGGCAAAGUGCUGCCAGGCGUGCGUGCACUCACCCAUAAAAUGUUUACCCGAAACCGAGUGCCUGUUUUUCGUGCUGACCUCGAUUGGUCGAGAUUUGGAAAAUGAACUGCCAUUGCAAUUGGAACAGCUCCUUGUUAGCGUUCGAGACGGGUUCUUGGCGACAAAUGGAUCACCAGCUGCCAGGCGAACACUUCUGCAGUUAAUCGAACUGCACGCGUCAAAUUGGCAGCUUCCGGCUUCAUCUGUACUGUAUUACUAUCCUAGAGUGAAAUAGUACAUUGUGAGCUCUAAGUGAGACCUCGAUGGAACUUAAAUUGCGUUUAUGCUUAUUCUAUUUAUUAGUGAUCGAAAUUGAUUUUUUGUAGUAUUUUUUAAUUUAUUAAAAUAUUGUGUAUAAAUACUAGGUACAAUGCAA